UUCACCGUGUCCCUGUCAGAAACUAGUGUUCCCCCACCCCCUCCGGUAGGAAGGUGAUCGUUUACCUGUCGGGAUGGCGAUGUCAACAUUUCAAAAGGUGACCCUCGCGACGUGUCUCGUGCUGUGCGUCGCAUUGCUGCUUCCCAAGCUGCUGCUGUCCCGCGGGAGGAAGGAUGCUGCUGAGCGGCCGGAGGGUUCAGGUCGUUUCCCUCCGAUGAUGCACCGUCAGAUGGCCCCAGAGGGCCGUGGCCAGAGGGCCGCAAGUGCUGGCUUCUCCAGAGCCCACAACCCAGAGGCCAUAGCCAAGGCGAAGGGAGCAGGAACGGGGGCAGGAACCGGAGGCAAAUCCAACCUGGCGGGACAGAUCAUCCCUGUGUACGGAUUCGGGAUCUUACUCUACAUCCUCUACAUACUGUUCAAGAUCACGUCUAAGGGGAACAGCAAGCCGUCAGAGGGCAGGUUUCCUUCUGUCCGGUCAGAGAACAUGAAGAGAAAGAUCACUGACUUUGAACUGGCUCAGCUGCAGGAGAAGCUGCGGGAAACAGAGCUGGUGAUGGAGAAUAUUGUUUCCAAUGCCCACCACAGCCCUGACAGCGUGAAGGGAGUGAUGGCAGAUCAGGAGGAGAACCUCCUGCAGCAGCUGACGGAGAUUACCCGGGUGAUGCAGGAAGGCCAGCUGGUGGAGGGCAUGACUUCAGAAAAGAAAGAACAGGACGACUGGGAAGAUUAUCCUGAGGAGUCUCGUCAGUACUGGGAACAUUCCCACUGCUGCUGUCAGCAGCACUACAGUCCACAGACGGAGACAGAGGCCGAGAGGACUGAAGCUGCUGGAGCCGUCCUGGUGGAAAACAUUGCUGCUGAGGAUGUUACAGGUGGAGGUGAGGCUGAGGAAGCGGAGGAUCUGAGUGCAGAUGCUGUGAGAGAAGCUGACUUUACAGCAGUAAGUGAAGACGACAUGGGGCCACAGAGUGAUGUAGGCGUAAACGAGAAGGUGGACUUGCAUGAACAUAGGGAGGGAGGGGGCAAAAUUGAUCUGGGUGUCCCGGAGGAGGACCUGGCCGGAGUCCUGAAGGAGCUGGAGCUCACACUGAAGAUGACGUCUGUGAUGGAGCAGGAGAAGAUAGAGGACCUGACCCGGCCUGCGGAGACAGAACCUGCCCAGAACCAGGUCAGACGGAGGAACAGGAGGAGGAGAGCCAAGAAAGUGGCGCACUGACUCUAACGUGGUGCAGAUAAACUUGAGCCCGGGCCUGGUGUUUGAGAGGACAGCUUCUUUUUCAACUCUGCUCCCAGCAGACGGGCAGUAGCAUGAAAGUUGGUGAUAGCAUGAAAAUGUGUUGCCAGCUUUACUUUACUUGAAGUCAAUAAGUGAGAAAUGUUUGUACAGGGCACAGUUUUUGUCUUUAAUAUCAGCUUUGUCUAUCGACUAAAAAAAGGAAUAAGUAUAAGAUAAGCAAUGGCCUAAUUAAUGAUCUCAGUCAAAUAUGAUAAUGCCAAGAUAGAAAUUCGUAGUUUUUCAUUUAAUUUAAACAAGAAGUGCAGACAGGACCUCUGCAGGUCCAGAUUUUAGGCAUUAUCUGGAAGUACUGCAGGCUGUGAACAAACCCAGUAUUUAGUUGAGUCAGUGAAGUGUUGAGACACUUAUACUUGAUCUGUCAAAGCCUUUUUUCUCAGCAAGCAUCAGUGUCUUUUCCUGUAAAAUUAUCCAGCAUUAUUCACAUUGAGUUCUUGCAUUAAAGAGUAGUGAUACAGUUUAUAAAUGAAGAAAACGAGACUGAAUCAGGCCACUUCAAAACAUACUUGUUCUGCAAAUUAAUACAUUUCGGAAACACUAGAAGUAAGUAAUUUUAGCUCAGAUCAGGACGUUUUUCUGUAGAAAGUGUCCUGUGGGCAGGAAUUAUGCUGAUGAUGAAAACUGGGCGAAAAAAAAAAAAAACGCUGAUUGAAUUUGAUCGCAUUACUUAUAUUACUGUAAUUUACUGAGGGGACUGUGGUUUUUUUCAUUGUCGUCAGCAUUUGUGUUGAACAAAACACAUUUCAAACUUCCUGCGGUCUUCACGUCCAAGAUGGAAUUUUUUUUUUUUUUUACAGACAAGGACCUUGGAUUUAAUACCUUUAGUGUGAAUAGACACAAACAUGCUGCAGCAAAUUUGAGAAAAUGGGACAAUGCAUAUUGGACUUUUUAUUAGUGUCCACUGUCUUCUGGAUAAACAGUUAGUGAUGGACAAACUUUGUCCCCUGAAACAAUAUUUUAAGCCUUUAAAAAAUUUGCUUUCUUCAACUCUAAAUCGUUUAAAGAUUUUUACUUUUAUAAAACGUAUUUAUUAACUGCUGGGAAAAGCACCUGAGAAUGCAUAUCGGUGAUUAAAAUGCUGUGAAUAAAAUUUUC